UAUGUAAAAAUCGGAAAUUCAUUCAGAGUCGUGACAUUCAAGAACAGCAGGUUUGCAAUGGGAGGAGGACGAGACUACAGAUGUGACCUGCUGCGCAACAUCCAUGAGGGACUGCCCCUGCCCGAAGGGGUGACGGAGUCGGCCUUUGUUGUGGGAGAUUAUUUGUUUUACCAUUAUGGCUGUGACGGCUUUGAUGACAGGGGUUGGGGAUGUGGCUACAGGACUCUGAUGAGUUUGUGCUCAUGGCUGAGAGGACAGAUUAGUAAUGCAAAGUCAAACACAGGGAGCAUAGCACCAGUUCCAUCAAAUCAUCGUGUUCAAGAAAUUCUUGUAGAAAUUGGGGACAAAGAAAAGAAUUUCCUUGGCUCAAAGCAAUGGAUUGGGAGUGUAGAGGUUUGCCUUGUCAUAGAUACUCUCUAUGAUGUCCGUUGCCAAAUAAUACACGUGAAAUCUGGUAAAGAAUUAUCGGAACAUGUUGAUACCUUGGUGACACAUUUCAAGACUAAAGGAUCUCCAGUCAUGAUGGGGGGAGACACAGAUGUAUCAUCCAAAGGAAUUGUAGGUGUCUGUAAGAGUGCAUCUGAUACUUACCUUCUUGUUGUGGACCCUCAUUAUUGGGGUGAAGCAAGGGACGUUGCAUCCCUGCAAGCAAGCGGCUGGGCAAAGUGGCAGUCCAUAUCUGAUUUUCAGGCUUCCUCAUUUUAUAAUCUUUGCUUACCUCAGUUUACUGCCAAGUUAUUAGAAACCAGUUCAUAAAUUAGUGGAAGACCUUCAAAGUCAAGCUGCAAGAUAUACCUAUGUGCUGGGCUUAUUCCCUUCGCUUGGUGGAGUGGACCACUCAGUGUGUGUAGGAACAAAUUUGGUAAAGAUUAUUACGUGACCAUUAUGCUACAGUAAAUUUUUAAGGUGAAUGAAAUGAGGCUGAAAGGAGAAUGCUUCUGGGCAAGAUUCUGCCAGUUCAUUUCAACCAUUGACUGCCUUCAGUAUGAUUACAACAGCACUCCUUUAAUCAUCAGUUAGAAAGAGAAAAAAUAUUUACAGUGAUUUUUCUAAUGAUUUUGUUUGCAUGUAUGAAUUCAUGUAUGCAUGCAUAUAUGCAUGUGUGCAAGUAUGCAUGUCUUUGCUUGCACGUGACACAAAGCAUGUUGCUUUGUGUGACAGAAGAUACAGUGAUAACAUGGAAAAUAUACACAUACUAUUAUGAGUUCCGAAACCAUGGAGGGAACUUCUUAUGCCUUGAGUGCAAGGUUAGACAGAUAUUUGCUAAGCAAACAUCAACAAUACAGUUUAAAAAAAUAUCUCAUUGCAGUCUCUUCCACUACCCUCAGACCCUCCAUCCCCACAAUCAUGAAUUUCAGCAUGAUAGUAAUGCUGCUUAUACGGAAGAUGUCAUUAGCUUAUUUCAGAAAUUCCAUGAUGACAUUAUCACUUGUAGUCUAGUAUGCCGUUACUUUCUUGUGCCACUUGUUUAUGCUCACCUGCUUAAUUAAAUGGGUCAUUAUGAAGCCAAACCAACAACCAACUGUUUUUGCUAUUUGCUUUGUAUAGUAUGUAAAGCCUGGAGACUAAAGCUACAUUAUAAUUUCCUGAGAAGUGCAGGGUCCCACUCAACCCCCCAUUUGCACAUGCUGUAAAGAAAUACAUCCAGGCUUUUGCCAAGAAAAAAGAAAAAAAUCCAGCUUAAAUCAUAUCAAUAGUUAUUAAAUUCAAAAUCCUGAUUUUUGUUGAAGAGUAUGGCAACGACAAGAAUAGUUUACAAACAUUUUUGUGAAUAGUGGACCAUGGGAUAGAUCCUACAUUA